CGGAGACAGAAACACAGACAGCAGACAGACAGACAGAGAGAUAGACAGAUAUAUAGAGACGGACGGAUACAGAAACACAGACAGCAGAGAGAUAGACAGAGAGAUAGACAGAUAUAUAGAGACGGACAGAGACACAGACAGCAGAGAGAUAGACAGAGAGAUAGACAGAUAUAUAGAGACGGACGGAGACAGAAAUGCAGACAGCAGACAGACAGACAGAGAGAUAGACGAUAUACAGAGACGGACGGAGACAGAAACACAGACAGCAGACAGACAGACAGAGAGAUAGACAGAUAUAUAGAGACGGACGGAGACAGAAACACAGACAGCAGACAGACAGACAGAGAUAUAGACAGAUAUAUAGAGACGGACGGAGACAGAAACACAGACAGACAGAGAGAUAGACAGAUAUAUAGAGACGGACGGAGACAGAAACACAGACAGCAGAGAGAUAGACAGAUAUAUAGAGACGGACGGAGACAGAAACACAGACAGCAGAGAGAUAAACAGAGAGAUAGACAGAUAUAUAGAGACGGACGGAGACAGAAACACAGACAGACAGACAGAGAGAUAGACGAUAUAUAG